UCAAUAUCCUCAUCAAGAGGGCAUAAUUUCCGACCAAACCAUAGAACAUAUAAACAUGAGGACCAAUGAAGGAGAGAUUGUUCAAGUAGAAGGAGGCCACAUUGUUCGAUCCACAGGUAGAAAAGAUAGGCACAGCAAGGUUUGCACUUCCAAAGGUCCUCGUGAUCGCAGGGUUAGGCUCUCAGCACACACAGCCAUUGAAUUCUAUGAUGUUCAAGAUCGUCUUGGCUAUGACCGACCCAGCAAAGCUGUGGACUGGCUCAUCAAGAAAGCAAAGCCUUCCAUUGACAAGCUUGCUGAGCUUCCUCCAUGGAAUCCAAUUGCUGAAACUAAUGAAGCUCAUGGGGAAGAUCAAAACGCAGGCUCAAGUAGCAUGGUCAUUGGAGAACAACAAUCAGAGUCUUCUGGUUACAAUUUUCAUUUCCAAAACCAUUCACCUUUCAUUUCACCACACGUUGACACUGACCCUAUAGCUUUCUUUCCCACUACCUCUUCUACUUCUUCCUCCAUCAAUUUUCAAAGCUACCCUCCUGAUAUUAUCUCAAGAACCAACAUCUCCACAGAAGAUCUUGGUCUGUCUCUUCAUUCCUUCCAAGACCACCCUGGUUUGAUUCAUUGGCAAUCACAAGAAGAAGCAGGUGCAAAUCAAACACCUUCAAAUCAACACCAAACUCUUUUUGCUGGCUCAACUCCAACCGGGUUUGAGAACUAUCAUCAGAGAACUGUGACUUGGAACAAUGAAGCAACUGCGGAUCAUAUAAACAGAAUGGGGUUCAUGAUCAACUCACAGCAGCAAUUUCUAGGCCAAGGUUCAGCUUCAGCAUAUUCUCAAAAUGGGACCCUUCAGUCCAGUUUUUCACCUUCAGUUCGUUCUUGGAAUGAAAUUCCAAUGGCUUCCUCAGAGCACCAAAGGUCCCAACCAGUUCAUCAACCUUCAAUCUUUGGCAGCAGGUUUCUGCCUGAUGGAUUAGCAGGGUUCUGCAUUCCACCUAGAAUUCAAGGUGAGGAAGAGAACCAUGGAGUUGCUUCAUCUUCUGCUUCUGCUAGUUCUCACCACUGA